GACAAGAACUGCAUAUUAACCCCUACGAGACGUCCAGAAGAUCCAUUUGACGAAGCUCAGCGUCGCGGAAGGUGUUCCGACCCAUUACCGGUACGAGCUCGUGAUCUGAAGUCACUCGUUGUUAACGUACAGUUCUUGUUUUUCUUAUCGGACAAGAACCUCCACCAUGCUGAUCUUCCGUCUUCAUGACCUCUUCGUUGUUCCAAGAACCACAUUAACAACGAGUGAAGAUUUUUCAGAUCACACACCUAAAUUGCGGCUGAGCUACUACUUUGCUCUUGGUCCAGAACUGUCCCGAACAGCUUUACUGCCGACUGUUGGCACAGCCUCGAGUGGUUAUUUGGACCAGGAACACGAGCAGGCAGAAAAUGAAGAUGCGCCAAGGUGUCUUCUUCGAUGCCGCAUAUUCUUGAUGCUUUUAUGGGCGCUUUAAACCCGAAUUUGUGGCUCCGAGGUCAGCCUUGAAUCGAAGGAAAUGUGAAACAAUUAUUUUACAGUAACUUCUAAUACCCGUGGAAGUUUUUCGUUAUCAUUUGUCUGUCACUUUUACUCCUUUCGGUGGUUUCUAGUAUUGUUUUGCAGAGUAUCCACAACCGGUCAAACGAGAAGUGCGUGAUAAUCUCAGCACCUAACAUGAUGUCGUCCUAUUCUAUUUGAAAUGAGCCAGCCUACUGCUAUACUGUACAACUUGAACUUUUGUUUGUCAACAAAGCAUCACUAGUACGCAUAGGUAAUUGGUAUUCGCAGCAAAAUAUGGUGCCGAUCAUUUGUUAGCACUGCUUUGAGAUCAUAAUCUUUUCAAGCAGUAGAGUAUGUAAUCACAGGUAGGCAAAGCAUUCAUUGCCCUACUUUUUCUACUCGUUUGGCUCGGUCGUCAAAGGAAAUUCAUCGAUCGUAUUUCUGACGAGCACGACGUGAGAACAAGAAACAUUUUUCCCUGUGAUCAACUGCUCUUUGUGCUAUCAUCAUAGAUACAUACUAGAACAUAUCUAUGAAUCGUGGUAAAAAAGGAACGAACAAGCAGAUCAAAUGCAAGAAUAAGGGGUCCAUAGAGUAGAACACUGGGAAGUACUCUACGUAGGGGUAUAAUGCUAGGGGUCCGCAAAGUACAAUGCUGUACGAAGAGCCUCGUGAAGACUCCUAUUCUAGACUGUACUGUUUGGGCGUCCCUCCACUUACACAACUUUAUAGUAAAUGCAGAAGAUAUUCUGCAAAAAGAAUUCUGCGAAAAAUAUCUUCGUCCAGAUUCUCCAAUAUUCUCAGACUGUACAUGGUGCAAGAUUAUUCACGACUGUCACUGUGGAUGAAUGGUCACCACGGUCACAGCCUUUAUUGAUUCUUCAUUUUUUCCGCAGCAUGAGGAGCACGCUUACCUUUCUACACUCUUAGGUAACCUAAAAAUGCC